CAUCCAUGCUCCAGCUCCAGCUGGCUUCAGCCUUGCAGCACCAGGUGCCUUACGAACCUGGAAUUACGAGUUGCAAAGUGAGCUCGCUUAGGUACCAAUGGGCUGCCUUCCAUUGCCUUCCGGCAGCCGGGCGUCGCGUCUCCAGUCGCGUCUCCGACACUUCACUCCAAACUCCAAAUGCAAAUAAUGCAAACGAAAAGUCAUCGCGACAGGGCACGCACGUACAGCACGACUUUUCCACCAUACCAUACCUACGAUAGGUACCACAUAUGAGGCAUCUUUCGGCCCGCCUCCACCCCACCAUUACCUUCUAUCCAAACCCCCGGCGACCUGCAAAUGCUCUCAGUCCCAACCAGGCCCCUCGAUUAGACUUGAACGGGACCGGCACCUGGCUCUGGACUUGGACUUGAAAUCGUACACAUUCUCAAGCUCAUCGACGCGAAACCACUCCCACCUGCAACAUCAAUCUGUGCAAUAACAGUCUGACCCAGCUUAUAGACUUAUGCAGAUUUCGACUUUAACUGCUUUUCGCCGCUGUGCCAUUUGGAGUGCAGCGAGCUUACUAUGGUGACAUAUUGAGCCAAGCAAGCACUCUGAACGCGGCUGAUCAUGGCCGUGGUUCUGCGGGAUCCGUGGAUCCAUACCGUGGUAGAGAAUGAACUCAGAGCUGCUUUCCAAAGCUUUCAACAUUCCUAUACCGGCCAGCCCGAGCUUCUGCAAGACAAACGAUGCUGCCGGCCAAGCGGUGUGGAAAUCCAUAUAGAGAGAAGUAGACAAGCCCAGGUCAUGCAGAUCAAGGGUGGACUUACCAGCCAGUACGACGCUAUCCUGUCAGAUGGCUGUCAUUGCAUUCAAGCAGUUUUUGACAGGGACGCGGUGGAAAAGUUCACGCGUGACACAGGCCGAGACCUUGGCGAUAUCAGAGGUGGCAUUGUUGUGCUUCGUAGUUACCAUCUGCUAGUCCCACCGUCCUCGUCGUCAACAAGACUGUGUCUUAGUGUGCUUAGCUUCAAGUUUUCUGGCUCCGAGGGGUCCCUUAUUAUCGGCCAUCCUGUCAAGAUCCUGGAGCUUCAGAACGUUAAGAUACUUGCGAAAAAGCUGGAAAAUCUUUUGAACACUCCACAGGAUAACUCUCAAACCCAACUCUCAUCGUUGGCCACCUCUGAAGGUAAAGGCUCACAGCGAUCCGCUGGCUUCGCAACCCAGGUGAAUACCACACACCAAAAGCGAUCACCAAGCCCGAUUCAGACUCAGGAGUCAAUAACAACAGACCAAGCCAAAUUCGCCGUGCUUCUGGCACAAGUUUCCAGACACCCGGAAGUGACCAUGCAGAAACAUGCCCUUAAUAUAACACAGAAAACUGCUCUUGGGCCAGCUUCAGAAAGAAAGGUUGCCACGAUGAAUUCUAGACUCGAUGCCAGAGCAAAUGUGCAGCGCAGUCAAUCUCUCACACCAUUAGAUUCGUGCAGCCAUGCCGUUGUUUCUAGUGGCUUAACACUUGCAGGCAGUGACCUACCGAAUCAGGCCGCCCUGCCAGACAUUAACGAAAAGGAGAAUAGCCAAAAGCGCGCAGAGAACCAGGAUAUCCUCACCUCUCAGCUAGGAGCGGUGACUGUUCAGCAUCACACGACCGAUUUCGUUGACCAGCUCCAGCUCGACAAUGCGUUUGUUUGCCUUAAGCGAGUGCCGCGUCGGUAUGUACGCAUUCCCGAAGAUCAGAGAGCCAUACUGCAGCGUAGUGACUCUUGGUACGAACCGCAUGCUGGCGACCAACCUCGCUAUGCCAACGUUCCCGCGAAAGUCAUGAAAGACUUGAUAGAAUUCAGGGAUUGGAAACCCACCAGACCCAGACUUCAAAGGGGCUAUCGAGAUGAUAGUUCAUCUAAUUCCGGGAAAGACUCAGGUCAUGAUCCGGCAGCCGAAAGGGUUGAUGAUGAUUUAGAAGGUGUAGAUUCCAGCUGGAGCUAUACUCAUCAUGACAGUGUCGAUCAGCGAGCACAGCAUGACAGUUCCUUACCCGUUGCUGCGACAAGCGCCGAGUGUGACAUUGCUUCCAGCGGUCCUGAGAUUGAACACGUGGCAGAUGGAAGUGACGGUGAUAUGGAAGAGGACGGAGUGCCUUCGUGGGAACCAACACCUGAGCCUGAGGAAGGGGCGUCUGAACCACAUCAUACGGAAACUCAGCUUCCAUCGACAAAACCAGGCGAAUGUUCCAUAUCCUGCAAGCCUCGAGGAGAGCUCAACAUCCGCCCCUCAGUGAAUAUACUUCCCAGCAGCCCUACGAUAGAGGAGGAAAUGGAGUUGGCUGUUCCGUAUGCAGUUGGAGACAUAGUUGACCUGGAAGAUGCCCAGGCAGAGGAGGCGGCUAUGCAUUCUCAAGCUUUGCCUUCAACAGCGCCCUCGACUUCGACGUACAUACAGGUGAAACGGACACCAUAUGUCAAAUCUCGCAGCUUUGAUGAAAGCUCUCUACAUCCAACCGCCUCAGGCUCCAGGGGAGUCCAAAUUAACGUCUCGUCCAGUCCAGUCAUACCCGCUACGUUCCAGGAUACCAGCAGCGCGGAAAACCAGACUUUAAACGUGAUAGCUCAUGCCUCCGCUGGGGCAGAAUCGAUUGCCGGCACCCAGAUCUCUCGUGAAGGUUACUCGGUGGCUCACGGCCAACCCAUGAUCACCCGCAGUCAAAACAUCAUUAUCACAAACAGUCAACCACACACAGAGGACAGCACAGAUAAAGUAAUAGCCGAGAAACCUAGUGUAUCUCCUCCACACGAGACUCACAGGCAAUGGACUGCCAAAGCUCAACCGUUUGAGAUUAAUCAUCGCUCUAGCAGUCACGCCAUGGGAGAAAGCACGACGAUUCACUCGGGCUGUGUUUCGCCCUUUCCCAAGCUUAGUGCUACUGCCUCGGGAUAUCAUGUUGAGCGGCAAAUUCAGUACAAAGAAGUGACUCUGAAAGGCAAUGUUGCACAGAUGGAAAAGCAUGCCCAUGUUGCGUCUCGAAGAAAUCACCUCACUAAGGGACUCCGCAAGAUUCCCUUUUUUGGUCUAGAAGCAGAGGAGGGUAUAGAUGAUAGGCCAAAGGACGAGCUUUUGUUAGAAGAGAGAAGAAGGGCACGAGAUGCUAAGCGCAACUUCAAAGCAAAAGAGCAGCUCACUCGACAAUCUCCUGAACUAGAAACCGAGACGGCAAGACGACCUUCAUCACCAGCACUUGAUCCAGGCCUAUCGAAAUUUAGAAAAUCCAUCAUCUCGGAAGCAGAUCUUCAAUCUCCAAUCAGAAUUCUGCUCUCACCUACACCAGAUUCACCUACAGAGGUCGGCGAGCCAGAUGAUUUCCUGGAGUAUGAGCCCGUUGAAGGGGGCCAGGUGCAUAAUGAUCAAUCCCAGGACGACAACGCGACGACAGAAAAAUUUCUGCCUGGUAAACCAAUCAAGCAAGAUGAUCCAUUACCUCUCGAGCCUUCAGGUAUUGAGUUCUACGAACAGUGUCCGCUUCAGAAGGUUGCCGCAUGCGAAAGUGGAGCACUCGCCACCCCUCCAAGGAAGCCGCCCGUCCAGCUUUCUCCACGAGAUUCGUUCAGACCAGAAAGCCCGUCAUCCGCUCAGCCCAUGGCCGAUGAAGAACACGGCCCGCCUUCAUCUCGAGACUCUCUUGGACCGGGAACUCUUUCAUCUGCACAACCACAUCCUGACGAUGUUGUCGACUUGAUUUCUGGCAAAGAACAUUUUGAGCUGGGAAGCCCAUUCGCUCAAUCACAGGCAGAGGAGGACGAUCACCAACAGCCACUUGAGGAAAGCGCGGAAGUUACAGACUCAUGUUCUGAAAAGUCACAACAUAUAGAAAAUAUUGAGAAUUCACCGUCGCGACCAGCAUCACAGCCAUUCCAUGCGUCCCCUUUCAUCGGCAAAGCUAUGGAUGAAAAUCUACCGGGCAAGGAAUUACAAGCAGAAAACCCAAUGCCUGUAAAGCCAACUCCAAGCCAUGCUCGUCCGCAAGCAGUCCGUCAAGUAACCAGAUCACAGACUGUGCAACCCAACAUAGCAAGGCGCGAGAACCAGGAGAAGAAGAGUGGAGCUCGAAAAGAUCAGCAAUCGAAAGAUCUUACAUUUGAUGGAUUCGUCUCCACAUAUCCAGAGUAUUCAGGCGACCAGAGAUGUUUCGCACGGGCUUUAGUGUGCUUGGAGUGGCUUCGAAAGAAUCGAAUACCCCCAUGGAGCAUGUGUGAUGACUUUAUUCGAGUCCAUGCUGAGUGGGAGCCAUACGUCAGGAAUCUCAAGAAAUCUAACCCUGAGAAGGUCACGACUGCUUGGGAGUACUAUGACCAAAACGUUGAAGACACUCUGUUCAACCAAAGGUUUGUGGAUGACAAGGACAAGCUUGCCGCAGUGUUGUCCUCGCUGAACCCUCUUUAUGUGCAGACCAUCCGAGAUGCGUACAAUACACCGGCUGCACAUCCGGAGGACCUUAAAAAGCAGGAACCUAAACCAAAAGCUGCAGAGAAGGUGGUAUAUCCAGCAUCCGCAUUUCCAGAGUCGUCUGAGGCUGUUGCAGUACAAAGAGGAGUACAUCAUAGACCAAACUUCGUUGAGAAUAUCUCAAGUCGACGUCCGAGAGACCCAUUCUUUGAGACAGCCAGCCAGUUGCAAGCCAUACAGCAAAGGGAAGAGACCGAUGGACGGACUGAUCUAGUUAUGGGCACUGAAGUAUGUGACGAGAAAAAACGUCCUAUUCCAUCGAAGCGAAGCAGCGAAACUCGCGAUCCGAACGCCUCGCCUUCGCAAUCAAGAAGGGAGUCUCAUCAAAGCGAGCCAGAAGCCGGCUCCACAAAAUCCAAGAAGAGACGUCAGUUCAGCGAACACAAGCGUGUCACUGUUCCGCCUGCAUUGCGAGCCUCUUCUUCCAAAUCAUCAAUCAUGACAAGGAUGGAACAAACACGACCCGUAUCACGAGCAAGGGAGGUCUUCGAGACUCAAGAAGUCUCGCCAAGUGAGUUUCAAACAGCCAGAUUGUCACCAGAGCUUCCUGAUCUCCCCGAGAAAUGGGUGGCUCAGCAGUCGUGUCUUGAUGAUCCAGUUGAGGAGGAUCGACCUGAGGAAAUGUCAAGCGUUCCUAGGACAAAAGCUGCAAAGGGUCCUGUAGCUGCGUCAAAAGAGAGCGGACUUUCUUCAAAAGCAGACUCUCCCAUGCCAUCCAAGAAGAGAAGAUUCAAGGACUUGGCGGAAUUUGCUAAGGACCUGGGUAAUCGUAGGCGAAGUGGCGACAUGUCAUCAAGAGCCUCUACUCCUUCUGCUACCACACCCACGAGGAGAUUUUGCACCAAGCCAAAGGGAGAACAUCCAGCGAAGCGGGUGGAUCCAGAUACUCAGGCGUGGCAAUACUGAGGAGACGAAAUGAGCCUCGGAUCUAGUACCAGCAUAUCCAGGCGUUGUCAGAGUGAUGUUCAACUUAUAGUGAGCCCGCUACGGCGGUAUAAUACAAUAGUACAUAUAUUUCAAGUGACGAUCUUGCUUGGACGAGCGUCCUGCAUUCAUACUUGAUCUUGUACCCAGUCCGAUGUGAACCGGAUGCAUUCGUGAUAGUCACAGAUUCGACCAGUUCUCGAAUUUUCAGUCCGAGUUAUUAGAAUGUUGGAAUCCAGAACCCUCGCGCCAUUACCCAAGUCAUAGCACGGCCAAUCUAUGCCGUACUAACACCCGCACUUGUAAUCGGCUCACCCUUCUCUUCUUUCUCCCUCUGCAGCUGUCUCUGUUCCUCCUCCAUCGUCCUGGUCCUUAAUUGCAGCGCAUGGAUACCGCCCUCCUGUGCCAUCUCCUCCUUCAAGAGCGCAUACACCAUUCUAUGCCGCGCAGGUUGCAUCUUGGAUUUGAAUGCCUCGGACGUGAUCACAACCCUGAAGUGCGUCUCUUGCGAUGUGCUUCCGGCCAUUGCUUUGUGGUGUGAGUGUAGGUGAGAGUCAUUGUGGAUUUCGAGGGUUGUGGGUUUGAGAGCUUCGGUGAUCUAAGGUCUGGUUAGUCAGGUUCUGGGAGAGAGCAUAGUAUAGCAUAGUGAGAGACAACUGUGUACCUUGGAGCGCAUUGCAUCCUCCAUCGGAGUUUUUGAAGCCAUCGUGGAAUGUGGUCGCCGUGCGAAAGCCACAAGAGAUCUGCGCAGCAUCAAGACUGCCUGUGAUUGUGAGAGGUGUUUCCCUUCCCUUCCUUUCUUCUCUGUUCUUUUCUUUUCCUUCCUUCCUUGAACUGCCUUCAACGAUACGAUCAAGCUUGAUUUCUUGGUCAAAUUACAGAGUAAUUCGUGCAAUAAUGGUCCUGCAGCUGCUGGUCCCCACCAUGCGAAGUGAUAUGCAGGGCAGGAGUAUCCUCGGCAAAGCAUAGGUAGGUAUUACCUUGACCUGCACGAGCUGCAGCGCCCUAAGGUAGGUAGACGGUAGACCUUAUCAUCGGC